UCGACCGCCACCGCCACCACCACAAUGCGGAAAUCGACAGUCUUCACUCGCCUCUUCCUUCUUCGCCAGCGCGUUCAUUCCACAUCUCCCAAGUACCUUUGCCAUCCACUUCUAUCGACUCACACUGUCUCAAAUCCUCUUUUCACCGCACAUACCAUCAGAAACUACAGUGUCAAUUUCUCGGAUUUACCUCUGAACUCUCGUUUGGCCGCCGAAGCGCGGGCAUUGCAAGAUCUCACUUAUCAAGUGCAGCAAGAGAGGGCGCGCGAGAGGGAGGAGAGGAUCAAAGCGGGGCUUGAUACUGCAGACCUCGAUGCUGAAGAGGAAGAGGAUUACAUGGGCGUUGGUCCGCUUAUUGAGAAAUUGGAGAAGGAGAAAGCUAAAGGUGAACCGCGUGAUUUGAAUCGGUACGAGGAGCAGACUGAUUCCGAUUCCGAUGAUGAUGAUAGGUUUUCCAAGGAGGCUGAGAAUAAAUUGAUUGAUCAGUUUGAGAAGAAGUUCAAGAAGCAUGAGGAGCUGCUUGAUAACUUCACUAAGGCUGAGACCCUUGAUGAUGCAUUCAAAUGGAUGAAAAGAAUUGACAAGUUUGAGGAGAAGCAUUUUCAGCUGAGGCCAGAAUAUAGGGUGAUUGGUGAGUUGAUGAAUAGACUAAAAGUAGCUGAAGGUAAAGAAAAAUUUCUUCUUCAGGUGAAGUUGAAUAGAGCAUUAAGGAUGGUGGAGUGGAAGGAUGCUUUUGAUCCUAAUGAUCCGGCCAAUUAUGGGGUCAUUCAGCAUGAACAAGUUGGAUCUUCUGUUGAUCAUGUGGAGCAUGCCGACUUGGAGAAGGAGCAAGAAACUACACGAGGUGAAAGGGAUGCUGACGACUUAGAGUUUGAUGAUCUGAAAGAGAAGGAUAAUAUAUUGUUGGAAAAGCUCAAUGAGUUGGAUAAAAAACUUGAGCAGAAACUGGCAGAGUUGGAUCAUACUUUUGGAAAGAAGGGAAAACUAUUGGAGGAGGAAAUUAGAGAUCUUGCUGAGGAGAGGAACUCAUUGACUGAGCAGAAGAGAAAGCCUCUCUAUAGGAAAGGUUUUGAUGUGAAGCUUAUUGAUGUCAACAGAACCUGUAAGGUCACAAAGGGUGGGCAAGUUGUGAAGUACACUGCAAUGCUUGCUUGUGGAAACUAUCAUGGUGUUGUUGGUUUUGCUAAAGCAAAGGGUCCCGCAAUUCCUGUUGCCCUUCAAAAGGCAUAUGAGAAGUGCUUUCAGAAUCUCCAUUACAUAGAGCGGCAUGAGGAGCACACAAUUGCACAUGCAAUUCAGACAUCAUAUAAAAAGACCAAGGUGUAUCUUUGGCCAGCCCCUACUCAAACAGGGAUGAAAGCAGGCAGAACUGUCCAAACAGUUCUUAGUUUAGCUGGUUUCAAGAACGUGAAAUCAAAGGUUGUUGGUUCAAGGAAUCCUCAUAACACGGUCAAGGCUCUGUUUAAGGCUCUUAAUGCGAUUGAAACUCCUAAAGAUGUUCAAGAAAAGUUCGGCCGAACUGUAGUUGAGUCAUAUUUGCUGUAACGAGGUCUAUAAAGGGACAUAAUCUUGUGCCUGCUCGAUCGACCUCCAAGCUGCUACUUGGAAUGAUCAACCCAUUCAUGUGGCAGCAAAAUGGAAGCAAGAUGCUGAAAAGAAGCAUUUGCUUUGUUUUUGACUUGUGGAGAACUCCGAAAUGCUGAAAGUCAGGGGUACUGAGGAUCAUUAUAUAAUGUCUUUGGAUGUAAUAAACGGUCCCUAAUAAUCUUGCUUUGCAAAGUGCACUAUUUGUGCUGAGGUGUUACGCCACAAAAAUGAGACAACAUUUCAGCUGGAGCUGGACUUGGAUUAACAAGAUUUUCGCUUGUCUCCUGUUUCUUUGUUGUCGAGGUAAGUUAAUUGGGGUUCAAGUUUCGGUCCAGCUUUAUGGACUUCAUGACUUCGGCAUCACAUACGCGUUUAUGUAAAAACACAUUGAUAUUCUAACUUUGUUGUUUAAGCUGAUAAAUGAGAUUCAUACCUUGGUGUUGUA